UUACGAGUAGCCCGUCAGCAUACACACCUGCAUACCAUACCGUCCAGGCAGCCAAAAGGGCGCACACGAGUUUCGAACGGAUUUAUCCUGUCCAUCGACCCAUCGAUGGACCCACCCGUGAUGUGGCAAUGCGUAUGGGGCACCACGGCAGAGAUGGGUCUGCAAGCAACGCGCCGUAGCGAAGCUUCUUGACUAUCUCGGCAAGCUCUUCCGCCGUCUUCCGUUGUGGCCAGAAGGGAAGGAAUUCAGCUGUCCAAAGCGAAUGGAAGUCACAGACCCAUGUGCUCAAUGCUCGUUGACACUCGUUUGCGGCUCUGGCGGCUCACUUGUGGCGAUCGACGACGAGGCCUUCUUUUUGUUCGUCCGCCCGAUCUCAUCGGGGCCGGGAGGAAGCUCCAGGCUCAUGGUCUUUUUGGUGGCUGCAGCUGCCGUCGCAGCUGCAACCACUUCAUUAUCCGCCUCCUGCACUUCUCGGCUCAU